AUGUCUACUACCACGACGACCACGACGACGGCCAACGAGGGCAUCACGGCCGAGUCGAUUCUGCGCCUGUUCCCCGACAUCGACACGAGCACCGAGGCCCUUUCCGGUCACGAUGCCGAGCAGAUUCGGCUCAUGGACGAGGUGUGCAUUGUGUUGGACGAGAACGACAAGCCUAUUGGCAAUGCGAGCAAGAAGGCCUGCCAUCUCAUGACCAACAUCGACAAGGGCCUCCUCCACCGCGCCUUCUCCGUCUUCCUCUUCGAUCCGGAAACCAACCGCCUGCUCCUGCAGCAGCGCGCCACGGAAAAGAUCACCUUCCCCGACAUGUGGACCAACACGUGCUGCUCCCAUCCGCUGGGCAUCCCCGGCGAGACGGGCGCGAACCUCGAGGAUUCGGUCGCGGGCGUCAAGCGCGCCGCGCAGAGGAAGCUGGAGCACGAGCUCGGCAUCGACCCGAAGCAGGUGCCCUUUGAUGACUUCCACUUUUUGACGAGGAUUCAUUACAAGGCGCCUAGCGAUGGCAAGUGGGGAGAGCACGAAAUCGACUACAUUCUCUUCAUCAAGGCCAAGGUCGACCUCAAGCCCAACGAGAACGAGGUCCGCGCGACGCAGUACGUCAGCGCCGACGAGCUCAAGAAGCUGUUUGAGGACCCCCAGCUCAAGUUCACCCCCUGGUUCAAGCUCAUUUGCAACUCGAUGCUGUUCCAGUGGUGGGAGAGCCUCGACUCUGGGCUGGAGAAGUACACCAACGAGCAGGAGAUUCGUCGCAUGUAA